UAUCACGUGAUGAGCGUGUGGAUGAGAGAAAGUCUAAGCUUCUUCAACCGGCCAAUCAGAAAAGGCCAAUUCGGAGCUUUGAUUCCAUGCAGGUUCAACAACCGCCCACUUCAACUUCACGGCCGAAGAGUCCCGACGUCAAUUCCUUUUCUCCUCCACCGAAUCUUUCCAAUUGGGCUUCAAACCCCCAACCUAAAUCGCGAAACAUGUCGCCUCAACCACAUGACGGCGAGGAUUACAGGCCUCAGGACGCCAUCAAGACUGGUCUCCGCGGCACCUUCGUUUAUGGCGCCUUUGGUCUCUUUGGUGCUGCAACCCUCGCAGCCGUUCAACGGAAGCGAGUAGGUGUAUUGGCACCCAUUACAAAAUAUGGCAGUUUAGUCUCGGCAGCCGCUAUUGGCGGUGGCAUGUAUGACUUUACGAGAACCGCAACCUCCAACCUGCGUCAGAAGAACGACCACAUUGGCGAAGCUGUCGGUGGUCUCGUUUGCGGCGCGAUUUUGGGCCUUGCCGUUCCUGGCCCUACGAGGAUGCCCGUUGUUGUCGGUUGGGCCACAGGCUCAGCAGUAACCCUUGGCACCUUCGCCUACACGGGCAAGAGCUUGAGGGGAUGGGGUAAGAAGGACGAUGGCAAGGACGAGUUCGAGCGUAAGGAAGAGCUUCGGAAGAACAGAAGGAGACCCAUCGAGGAGACUAUUGCGGAGCUGGGCGAGGGCAGAGGAAUUCACCCUCCUGGCUACGAAGAGCGCCGGCGCGAGAGGCUCAAGGAGAAGUAUGGUGUUGAGAUUAACCCGGUAUCCGCCGAUCCGAACGCCGCUUAGCGAAUAACGGAUAGACUUUGUAGCUUUUCUUUGGGUUUUACAGGUUGCGUCGAAUUGUAUAUAUUUAGCGUCAAGAAGCUGCGUCCCAACGGGCCAUACAGAGCCUAUGCAGCAAAGGUUAGUAAGUGGUUUGAAAUUCUAACUGUACCAACAAUCCCGCUAGAAGCAUCUUGCGGAUGUCUUUUGUUGAUCUCGUUUGCUGCCACCGGCAAAUGAUGUCUUCCCGCAAAGGUACGUCACAUCAUCUUUUUGUUUUCUUUUCUUCUUUUUUACCCUUUUCCAAAAUGAUGAUUGUUUAGAGGCUGUUGAUGAAUUCAUCUUUGAUGAUCAUGUUUAUAAACCAAACACUGUUCACCUUUUGUCUGAUCUUGGUUACAAAUUUUCCCUUCAAUACUGCGCUUUCAUUUUUACACAGAGAGACGAAGCUAACCAGCAAAUUCUUGCCACUGUUGCAC